GUAGACUUCGCGGGCGAGGGCGGCGACGAGCAGCGGGCCACGGCGCUCUGGCUGGCGUGCCGCCACUCGCGGGCGGGCGCCGCGAGGCUGCUGAUGGAGCGGGGAGCCAGCACCUCUGCCAGGAGCGCCGACGGCGUCUCGGUGCUCGGCGCUGCCUGCAUCUCGUGCGUCGAGGACGUCGUGCUGUCGCUGCUCAGGCACGGCGUGCCCGACGUGAACGACACAGCCGGGUGCCCGCUGCGGGACGCCGUGCGCGCUGGCAAGACGGUUGUGGUGGAGGCGCUGCUCGCCCGCGGGGCCGCCCUGCACCCGGCGGCCCACGACGCGGACCGGAGCAGCGCGCUGCACGUGGCCUGCGAGAGAGGCAACGAGCCCCUGAUCGCCCUCCUGGUUGGCCGCAGGGCGGACCAAUCCCUGCGGGACGCUGCUGGCCGCACCCCGCUGGACCUGCUGCUCAAGCGCGGGAUGCCGGAGGCGCAGGCGGCCUCGCUGCUGCGCGAAGCUGAUGGAAGCGACGGCAGGACCGCCCCCGCGGCGACCGCGCGCUGCCCGGGCGGCGGCGCGGGGCCGGCGCCCGGGGCGGGGAGCCCGGAGGCGGAACCC